UGUGAUGUCACGGAAGGUCCCUCAGUGGAGAAUACAAAUAGAUCAAGAGAUGAGGAAGCGCGGCAGAGUUGAAGUGUGCUUGUUAGUGUAUGUCAGAGAUGGAACUGAAGCUGCAGCUGAGCGUCUUCGUGUUACUCAUACAGGUUUCACUUGUGGUGUGUCAGCGCGUGACUUUGAAAAAAGGUCAGACACUCAACCUAAGCUGCCCAGUUACGAAUGCUCACAAGACCAAUGUCGACUGGAAGAACCCUGACGGAUAUAUCAUGUUCUUCAAUCGCAAUCAAGGUGAUGACCACAUAUCAUCUUUACAGGACAAGCGCUACAGCAUCACUAAACUGUCUGAGUCAGAAUUCGCCAUCAGUAUUUCCAACAUCACCUUCAAAGAUGGAGGCAACUACACUUGCACUCACUAUGGCGAUCGCCCGACAGAGAUGAAAGUGGAGGUGACAGUGUUAGGCUUUCCCAAAAUGUCAGUAACGAAGCACGAAGGAGAGUUUGUCAUAAAAUGCACCGCUGAGGGGAACCAAUAUCCUCCCCAGAUCUCCUGGAAAUUGGAUCAGGGACCUGAAAUUCUUGGUCAUGCCCAAGUCCUACAUGAAGAUAAAAAAUAUGUCUCAACUGAUAUGUUACGUGUUCGCUCAGUGGAGAAAAAGAUCACUGUGAAAUGCCUCGUUCACCAUCCAGCUCUACACUCGCAACAUCUGAUGAACUUUAUCAAAAUUGGACGAGAAUUUACAAAGCCCUGGCACACAACCACGGCCAGUUCAACCACAGCCCGGCCUCAAGGGUCAACAGAGGGGCAGAGAACAACGACUGGCUGGGUCAGACAUGGGAGAACAACGGCGUACCUUUCAACCAGAGGCGUGAAUGAACCUUCAUCAGACAGCUCUAUAAGGUCAUCAACUGUUCCCUCCAAUGGGCCAAAUAUGGUCACAUCCUCUGGACUUCCUCUCAACACCAGUGAUGACUCAACAACCUCCGUAUUACCAGGCUCAACCAGGAGGAGGAAUGACACCAUCAGUAAUACAACAAGCACAACAGACUGGACAUCUGUGUCUGAGCCAACAGAGACGAUCUCUAACCAUACGGAGGGAAACGGAACAGGAAGCUCUAAUGACCCAAAUACACAGAGAGGAAGUGAAGGAAGUUCAUCGUUACUGGUCUUCCUGGUUACAUUUCUGAUCUUCUGUCUUCUGGUGGUCGUCAUUUUUUUUGCCAUCAAGCUGAGGAGAGCGCACAUGGCCUGGAAGAGAGAGAAUGAGGACUCGGUUCCAUCAGAGGAGAGCAGUAAAUCAAAAUCAAGCCAGGAAGAGAGGAACGCCCAAGGACAAAGGCGGAGAGGGCUCUUCCACACGGCGUUCACACAGUACGUCGUUGAGAAACCAGCAGUGAUAACCUCAGUGAUAAACACAGCUGCACUGGAGACAGAGAGCGAAAAUAUAGAGCAGACUUCUCAACCUCAAACCCUUGAACAAACUUUAGUCAGGAUUGACAUAAAGGAGACAGAGCUAUAACAAUCUGUAAAAUACAGCAUUUACAACAUCAGCAAUAUCAUCAUGUUAAGAUGAUUAGCUUUUUUUUUUUACUGUAGCCUACUUGUAAAAAAGAGUGUAUGUUUACACAGAAAAUAAUGUACUUGCUUAUAAGCUUCUGAAUAUUGUAUAUAUUUUAUGUUUACCAAUAAAUUAUGUUUUUUC